AUGGACCGAGUUGUCCUCCUGCUGUCAGUUGUGUGUCUGGGCGUGUCCUCUCAGCAAAUCACAGACGGCCGUCUGUUCUCAAUCGCUGUGGGCAGAGUUCAACACCUCCACCUCCUCGCUCAGAGACUCUUCUCUGACUUCGAGAGUUCUCUGCAGACUGAGGAACAACGGCAACUCAACAAAAUCUUCCUGCAAGAUUUCUGCAACUCUGAUUACAUCAUCAGCCCCAUCGACAAGCACGAGACCCAACGCAGCUCUGUGUUGAAGCUGUUAUCUAUCUCCUAUCGAUUGGUUGAGUCUUGGGAGUUUCCUAGUCGUUCCCUGUCCGGAGGUUCUGCUCCUAGAAUCCAGAUUUCCCCCAAACUGUCUGAAUUAAAGACAGGAAUCCUUCUACUGAUCAAGGCCAAUCAGGACGGAGCAGAUCUCUUCCCUGAUAGCUCCGCCCUGCAGCUGGCUCCUUAUGGAAACUACUAUCAAAGUCUGGGAGCCGACGAGUCGCUGAGAAGAACAUACGAACUACUGGCCUGUUUCAAGAAAGACAUGCACAAGGUCGAGACAUACCUGACGGUGGCUAAAUGUAGACUCUCUCCAGAAGCCAACUGCACCCUGUAA